AUGCACCCAACUUUACCGAUUUAUUCGGUCCUUAUCGCGUUUAUGCAAUUCCUUACUGUUAUAUGCAGUCUUGUUCCUAGGUUCACUUUAGUGGUGGAUAUUGUGAAGUCUUCUGUACCAGAUUUGUGGCAAUUUGGUUUGAACUUUCUGGAUAUGUCUAAUCCAUUUGUGAUCUUGGUUGAAUACUCCUUGAUGGAGUUUAGUUGUCUCCCAAAAUUUCUGCUUGUUUUGAGUGAUUUUAUUGCAGGGAGUUGGAGUUCGAAAGUUUCAAACACUUCGCUUCGUGUAGGCUCAGUAACUUGGUGCUUUGUCGCCAUAGAGUUUCAAGCCGUUUCUUUGGUUGCUAAAUUUGCAGUAGCUGCGUUUUCAACCCCGGGUUUAGGAUCAAUGAAGGUAUCCAAGUAUUCCCAAGGCACAACAUCACUUCUUCUUGUUAGUUUAAGUGUUGCUUUUGCCCUUAUCCAUGUUGUCUUUGUUUUCAUUCCCGCUUGCAAUGCGGUGUUUUUAGCCGGUUUGGCUCUGUUGUCCUGUUCUUGGAACAAUUCCUCCUUUAAUGGAGAGUAA